AAUCAACUAUUCAAAUAGUGACAACAUCCUUCAACCUAGCAUUUGAUUGGUUACUUGUAUGCGUUUGCAAUAUCCUUCAUUAGGUAUCCAUAGUUUUUCCUAUUGGUGCCCUCUGUACCGGAAGACCUACACAAUAGGUGUCUAAGGCUCGCCCUUAGGACGUUUGCUUAGGUGUCCUUUGCACGCCUGUGGGCCCAUGGUUUAGAGGAGGCUUUUAGGUCUUGUCAUUCCCCGGCUUUGCUUGAACGUGUUCCGUCUCCCUGUUUUUCUGUCGCGGCUAAGCGGUUACUCUGACCUGCAUGAUGUUUGAAGAAGCCGGCGAAGUGUUCGAUAACAUGCUGAAGGCCUCACUCCCAUUGACAUUCAUCGUCUUCCUCCCAGCUGUGCUGCUUCUUGUGUCCCCGCUGCAGGCCGACGCUGCCCAUGAGUUCACCGUGUACCGUAUGCAGCAAUAUGACCUGCAAGGCCAGAGCUAUGGAUCCCGUAAUGCACUGUUAAACACGGAGGCUCGCACAGUGGAAGCGGAUGUACUAAGUCGACGCUGUGUACUCAUGCGCUUAGCAGAUUUCUCCUUUGAGCAAUACCAGAAGGCAUUGCGACAGUCAGCCGGUGCAGUGGUUAUAAUUCUUCCCCAAGAUAUGGCAGCUCUACCUCAGGAAAUUGUCCAGCAAUUCAUGGAUAUUGAGCCUGAGAUGCUUUCUAUGGAGACACAGGUUCCUGUGUAUUUUGCAGUGGAAGAUGCAGAACUCCUCUCCAUAUAUGAGCAAACACUGGUGGCAUCUGCUAAUCAGGGUACCUCAUCUGCUGCUGAAGUUCUUAUCCACACAGCCACUGCCAAUGGAUUUCAGAUGGUGACGAGUGGUGCUCAAAGCAAAGCAGUUAAUGACUGGCUGGUGACCAGUAUAGAGGGACGUCUAGCUGGCCUUGGUGCCGAAGAUCUUCCAACAAUUGCAAUUGUUGCUCACUAUGACUCGUUUGGAGUGGCUCCUUGGCUGUCAUAUGGGGCAGAUUCUAAUGGCAGUGGGGUUGCCAUUCUUUUGGAACUGGCGCGUCUUUUCUCACGACUUUAUACCUACAAGCGCACACAUGCUGGGUUUAACCUGUUGUUCUUUGCAUCAGGAGGUGGAAAGUUUAAUUACCAAGGGACCAAGAGGUGGCUAGAGGAUCAUCUUGAUCACACAGAUUCCAGCCUCUUGCAGGAUAACGUGGCCUUUGUUUUGUGCCUUGAUACCUUGGGAAGAGGAGAGGACAUGCAUCUCCAUGUCUCCAAACCACCCAAGGAGGGGACCCUGCAGCACAUCUUUCUCAAAGAGUUAGAAAUGGUUAUCUCCAGUCAAUUCCCAGAAGUAAAAUUCUCUAUGGUCCAUAAAAAGAUCAAUCUGGCUGAGGACACUCUGGCAUGGGAACAUGAAAGAUUUGCAAUGCGCCGCUUGCCGGCUUUCACAGUCUCUCAUUUGAAUGGCCAUCGCAGUAAUCACCGCAGCAGUGUUUUAGACCUCAGGUGGAAGGUGGAUACUCAGGUGUUGGCCCGUAACACACGCAUUCUUGCAGAGGCGCUGACUCGUGUCAUUUAUAACUUGACUGAGAAGGCUGCUCCUUCUGACAUGCAGAUCUUCACACAGCAAAUGCAGGUGCAAGAGCAGCAGUUGGAUUCAGUCAUGCAGUGGCUAACCAGUCAGCCCCGAGCAGCCCAACUUGUGGAUAAAGACAGCAGUUUACUCAGUACUCUGGAAUACUACAUGAGCCGAUACCUGAAAGAUGUUAAACUGUAUCAUGCAAAAGCCGACAAGCGAGACCCUGAUUUUGUGUUUUAUGACCAAUUAAAACAGACAAUGAAUGCAUACAGAGUGAAACCAGCUAUAUUUGAUCUACUCUUAGCUCUGUGUAUUGCAGCUUACCUCGGUCUAUCCUACUUUGCCGUACAAAACUUUGGAAUCCUUUACAAACUUGUGCAGAAAGUUUCAUGGAAACCCAAACAACAGUGAGGACACCAUUCUCUUUGAACUGACCUCUUUCACAGGGGGCUUGUAUCUCCUCAUAUUGCAGGCAGAAUGGGGUUCUUUAUCACACCAGAUUUCUUUAGGAGGGGACUUUGAAUCACUGGAUUUACUUCCCUCCAUUCCUUGCAUGGAACUCAACAGAAUCAAGAAUCUUACUACUAAUAACCAUUGGAGAGCAGGGGGUACUAAUGUUCCAUAGCUGCUGCUUUUGGUGCUUUCCCCUUUUGAGGACAACCCCUCUCUACAGGUACUCAGGAUGGAAGGAUGGGGUUUGAGUAUUUAUAAUGCCAGGAAUUCCUACCUUUUGCCUUUUAUAUUUUUGUUUUAUAUCAUGCACUGAUAACCACACUUGCCCCCUCCCUAAAUAAUGUUAUUUAAUUAAUACCAGGGAUUAAGAAAUAAAACCAAUUAAAUUAAA